AUGGUGGAGCCGUAUAACUCUCUGCUCACCACACAUACCACGCUUGAACACUCUGAUUGUUCCUUCAUGCUUGACAACGAAGCCAUCUACGAGAUUUCGAUAGCAAAAUUGAACAUAAGAAGCCCGACAUACACGAAUCUGAAUCGUCUAGUCGCUCAGGUAGUUUCUUCAAUCACAGCGUCCCUCCGAUUCGAUGGCGCACUAAAUGUUGAUCUCACGGAGUUCCAGACAAAUCUCGUGCCGUAUCCGCGAAUUCACUUCCCUCUUGUCACCUACGCUCCCAUUAUAUCAGCCGAGAAAGCAUAUCAUGAACAACUCACUGUCUCUGAGAUCACCAACGCCUGCUUUGAACCUGGUUGUCAAAUGGUUAAAUGCGAUCCACGAAAUGGGAAAUAUAUGGCGUGUUGCUUGCUGUUCAGAGGAGAUGUUGUGCCAAAGGACAUCAAUUCUGCAAUUGCUGUGAUCAAGACAAAGCGGGCCAUUCAGUUUGUGGACUGGUGCCCAACUGGUUUUAAAGUCGGCAUCAACUACCAGCCACCGACGGUGGUUCCGAAUGGUGACCUUGCAAAAGUGCAGCGUGCUGUAUGCAUGCUGUCUAACACAACAGCUAUUCAGGAAGCAUGGGCUCGUCUCGAUCACAAGUUCGAUUUGAUGUACGCAAAACGAGCCUUCGUGCACUGGUACGUUGGCGAAGGAAUGGAAGAAGGCGAGUUUUCGGAGGCAAGAGAGGAUAUGGCAGCGCUUGAAAAGGACUACGAAGAAGUGGGUGCCGACUCUUUCGACCCGGCCGAGGAGGAGUACUGA